AUGUUUACUCAGGGCCCCACGUUUCUUCUUUAUCUGCUUUAUAAUAUCAAUGGAACAUUCGGUCUCCCCGUUUACUUGUACCCAUUGCAUGGGGAGAAGAAACUCAGUAAUCGGCAAGUGAUAUUUCCGAAUGGUGGAAUUGAGAGAUUUGGAAGAGGUUUUUGGAGUUUGAUCCGGUGAGUUUCAUUCAAGUAGUGAGGAUGUGGGGAUUGAGGAUGGUGGGAGGGAGGGUUUGGAGGAGAAGCAAGGGGAACAGGAGGGGGGUCGAGCAUUGAUUGGUCCAGAUAUCGUGGACUGGGACGGGCCGGAGGAUCCUGAAAAUCCCAUAAACUGGUCAAGGUGGACGAAGGUUGUUAGCGUGGUGAUAGUUAGCUCCAUCACUUUCGUCACGUAUACUCCCCCUCCGCCCCCAUAUGAUAUUACUCCGCCGGUUCAUGCUAAACAGUUUCUGUCAUGUAUGCAAGACAGUCCGCUUUCAUCCUCAAUGCUCGCCCCGGGCGUACCGCAACUGCUGCACGAUUUCCACAGCGCAAACCUCCAGCUCGGCUCCUUCGUGGUGAGUAUCUACGUCCUCGGCUUCGCCUUCGGUCCGCUAGUCCUGGCCCCCGCCAGCGAACUCUGGGGUCGGCGAAUUGUUUACAACAUCAGCAACCUCGGGUUCUUCCUGUGCACCAUUAGCUGUGCCGAGGCGAGAAGUCUGGGAAUGCUCGCCGCCUUCAGAUUUCUAGCUGGAUCCUUUGGUGCAGCACCGUUGACAAUCGGAGGGGGGUCUGUCGCGGACGUAUUUGCCGUUCGGGAGCGUGGCGUCGCCAUGGCAAUUCUCAUCUUGGGCCCAUUGUUGGGACCGGUUAUCGAGCCCGUGGGAAGCGGGUUUUUGACAGAGGUUGCCGGAUGGAGGUCUGUAUUCUGGCUUAUUGCUGCGGUAGUAUGAUAUGCCCCCUCCCUCAGUCGGCUAUGGCACUAAGCCUACUUGGUAUUAACGUCCUGGCGUAGAGCGGUGUGAUAACCCUCUCAACUUUCAAAUUCCUAGACGAAACCUACGCCCCCAGAAUCCUAGAGAGAAAAGCAGCCCGCCUACGUAAGUCCACCGGGAACCUCAGACUCCGCUCCAAGUUGGCCUCGGAGCUCCCUCAACGAGAAGUCUUCACCCGUGCGUUAGUCCGACCUUUAAAAAUGCUCAUCCUCUCCCCAAUUGUGCUAGCGCUCUCGGUGUUCGUAGCGAUUGUAUACAGAUACCUCUACCUCCUUCUGACAACCUUCCCUAUCGUCUUCCAAGAAACUUACGGCUUCACGGCCGGCACCAACGGUCUUACCUACAUCGGGUUCGGGGUAGGUGGCCUUGCAAGCCUGUUGGCCUGCGGUACCCUCUCCGACAGGAUACUCAACUCCCGCAGCGCAGUCUCGGGAGAGGCAAAACCGGGUGUACCGCCUCGUGCCCGUGGUCUAUGCCUCCCUGUGCACCCCUAUCGGACUGUUCUGGUAUGGCUGGUCUGCACAUGAGAAGACGCACUACCUUGUCCCUAUUGCCGGAACCAUGUUUGCCGGGGCGGGUAUUAUUGGCUCAUUCAUUCCGGCUCUCAGCUACAUGGUUGACGCUUUCACUGUGUACGCUGCUAGCGCGCUUGCUGCGAAUACUGUACUUGGGAGUAUCCUAGGAGCCGUGUUGCCCUUAGCUGGUCCGAGGAUGUAUAGUGCGUUAGGAUUGGGUUGGGGGAAUUCGCUGCUGGCGUUUGUCGCUGUCGCGAUGGUGCCCAUUCCGGUUUUGCUUGAGAGAUGUGGUGAGCGUAUUCGGAAAAGGUGGGAGGUGCAACUUUAG